AUGACAGCGCUAAGGCAGCGAUCAUGUAGGUCAGUGUAAGGAAGUACAGUUCGAGAAAAAGAAAGAAAGUUGCUUUUGAGCAUUUUUGGAAGACGUGUUUUGAAGGUGAAAAGAGCUGUCCUUGAGGGAUCUCAACGUUCGUUUUGGAGGAGAUGCACCUAAAAAACUAAAAAGUAACCUUACAUGUACCGCUGCCGCAAUAUGCUCGACGCAUUUGUCUCUCUACAGUCCUGGAAAUACUUUGUCAAGGUAGUCGGUCAUGUUCCACAACCUUCGAAAAGCUUCAGCCGACGACUUUUUUGGCAUUCUUUUUGGCAGAAUCCUACGCUUGUCACUCCAAAGGACACGACAUCGUCCAGACUAAUGCCUGCUAGACCUGGUGCAAUGUUAUGCUUAAGAGGAAGGCGGAGAGUCUUAUGCACAGGAAUGGACACUACAUUGUCAUUUUUAAAGCGCACCCGUCUACUGGUAAGAGAAUUGAGCACCUCAGUUAAAGUCUUGCAGUAUGAUUUGAAAAGGGCGGAUACUACAAAAUCGGAGAACCGAAAGUUUUUCUUCGACACACAUGCUGUGGUUCAACUUCUAGAAGAGAAUGGGUUCAGCACCCAGCAGGCAGAGGUCAUUGUUACUGCCCUGGUGAGGAUCACCAAUUCUAACAUGGAUGUUAUCUACAAGGACAUGGUCACCAAAGUGCAGCAGGAAAUAAUGCUUCAAAGAGUGAUGUCACAGAUUGCAGCUGUGAAAAAGGACAUGAUCAUACUGGAGAAGAGCGAGUUUUCUGCGUUGCUGUCUGAGAAUGAGAAAGUCAAGAUUGAGCUUUUACAACUGAAGAUGCAAUUAGCUGAUGUGAUGAACAAAGUGCGUUCAGACAACCUCCUGGACAUGAAUUUGGAGAAGAGCAGAAUAAAGGAAAUGAAAGCCGAGCAUGAGAGGAAGCUGUUAGAGGCCCGGACUGAAAUGAUGGAGAUGAAUGCUGAGCAGGAUCGACAUAUGACCCAGACCAACAUGAAAAUAGACACUGAGGUGGCAGGCCUGAAAACUAUGCUGGAGUCCCACAAACUUGACACUAUCAAAUACCUAGCAGGUUCAGUCUUCACCUGUCUAACAGUGGUUCUGGGCUUUUACCGAAUCUGGAUGUGACAGGACACCCCAGAGGUGCCUGGUUGUCUUUCCAUUCGGACCCUCUGCCCACCCAAGCAAACUGUCAUUCACAACUGUAUUGUCCUUUCUCUUGAAAAAGGAAAUUACCAAAGAGCUUUUUAUACACUAUGGGCCCCUGAGGCCCAGAACUGUGUACCCUAAUGCAGAGUCUCCCAUUUGACAGAGUCAGCAGGUGAGAAUCACUGUGGACAUUUGCUGUGAACUUCAGCUGAGACCCAGGUGAAAGAGAAGCUCUCAAUAACAUGGUUCUAAUUUCCAUGCCAAGGUCACUUGCAGAAAUGACAUGUUUGGCGGCCUGACAUUCCCUCCACAUGCUUGUGCUCUGCUUCAGUUCUGCUCUGAAGUCAGCCAGAAAGCUAGUAUGCCUCGCUUUUACCAAGUCAUUCACCUGUACUGUGUUAGAAAUGUUCAUAUUUAUCCAUGGAACGGAAUUGUGUGCAAAACAGUUUGUAAGUGUGUGUGUUUGUCUGUAUGUGUCUGUGUUUGUCUGUGUGUGAGAGGGAAUAUACCUGAUCUUUUUGACGUUUGUGUUGAGGCACAAUAAGAAAUUUGAGUUACUAAAGUCUACAGACGAUGCAACUGUAGGGAUGUUAUUUUUAGAUCAAAAAUGAAUUAGGUAGUAGAUUCAAUAUUUAAGUGUCAAUUUGGAUUUUUAAAAUAAGUGUUCAAAAAAAUGGUAUUUUGGU